AACAACAACAUUUAUCAUCAUGUCCUUUUGCAUGAGCGAGGUCAAAGCGCUGCUGCGCAAGGAUCUGCUUGUGCGCUGGCGCCAAAAGGGACUCACCCUAAUGCUGCUCGCCUGGCCCGUGCUCAUCUUCAUGCUGCUCUAUAUCAUUCGACUGAAGUAUGGCUCCGAGCCAGUGGCUGCUUGCCAGUUUCCCACACGCCUGCUGCCCACCAAGAACUCCAUGGUGCCCAGUGCUUAUUCCUAUAUAUGCAGUCUGGAGAACAAAUGCCAGGCCGCCGAGCCCUAUGAGGAGUACUCCAAGUGGCUCAAUGCACCUUUACAUGCGGUUAUUGAUGUGGUUAACGUUUUGGUAACCGAUGAUCAGCUCUUUGAGGUGCUUGUGGAUUUGCCGGAAAAAGUGAAUUUUGUUACGGCCGUAACGACGCUAGUGACAAGCAAACAUUUUGAUCUCAUACAAAAGAACAUUGGCAAUGUGAUUUCCUUGGUACCCGAAAUUGAAAGACAAAUGAACUAUAGCUUUGAUGUAUCCAAACUGUUCUCAAAUCGCGAAACGUUUGUCAAGCUGGGCACAAUACUCUGCGGUCAUCCGUUUCCCAGCACCGAGAGCAUACCACUGGUCAAUGACAUACUCUACUCGGAGGACUUUAGCGAAGUGAACGAUGUGGAGCUGCAGGCGAUGCCAACCAAGUACUGCAAGCGUUUGUAUUUGGAUGUUACAUCAACGAAUCAGGGCAAGUUGACGUGGAAUUUUAUUAAGCCAAUAAUACAGGGCAAGAUAUUGUAUACGCCGGCUAAUUUAGAAACUGAAAGCAUAGUCAAGAUGACCAAUGGCACGUUCGAGGAGCUGCUGCGCGUUAAGCGACUGGCAACAGCUGCUGCGUCGCUGCUGACCAAACUGCGCAGCAACGAAACUGUGCAGGAGAGCUUCGAGUCCUUGCUGAAGCUGGCGCGCUCGCCUUUUAUACAAAGUUUGAUUGGCGAGGCGUUCGAUGUGGCUGAAAUCGAAGGCGCCAUGAAUUAUAUACGCAACAAUACGCUGAUACAUGAAAUCUUUAAUACGCUAAGCGAUCUGCUUGACUGCGUCUCGGCGAAUCGCUUUGAGCCUGUGCCGAACGAGCAGCAGCUGCGUCAUCGCGCCUAUGAGCUGAACCAGCAGCGUUUGUUUCUCGCUGCGCUCAAUUUCGAGCAAGUCAAUGGCACACAGCUGAGCUAUCGACUGCAUAUGGAUACGGACAAUACGCAGCCAACGUUCGAGAAUAGAAAUCGCUUUUGGUUUCCCGGACCAGCGGGCAGCAUGUUGGUGGAUCUGAAGUAUCAUCGCGGCUUUGUGCAGUUGAUGCAAAUGGUCGACUUGGGCAUCAUUAAGCACAAGCGUCAGCAGCUGGGACCCACACCUGAGGAGCUGGCAGCCGAUGCAGACGAGCAGCAGAGCACGCGACCCAAGAUCAGUUUGACGCGCGUGGAUGAGGCUGACGAUGAUGACUUUGAUGAUGAUUUCGAUGUGGAGACCACAACAGCAGCAGCAGCAGCAGUUGCAAUAGAAACUACAACAUUGGAGCAGGCGGAGAGCACAACAGAUGUGCCCACCACCUUGCAGCCCCUGGAGCUGCUGCUGAACAGCGAUGUGCAGCAAGAGCCGCGUGUUAGACGCGCCAGCAGCAGAGUCAAGCGUCAGGGCUUGCUCGAUUUGCUCAGCAGCUUUGGUGACGCCAGCAGAGCAAACAAAGCGCAGAAAUUCGCAGUCGAUGAUAUGCAGUUCUAUACUAAACAAUUUCCCUAUCCUGCCUACAGCAGCGAUGAUUUCAAGCGUGGCCUGUAUCUCGCUCAAGCAGUGCAGGUGGCUUACUGCUUGGGUCUGGUCGUUGCCGUUGCCGUUUGCGUGCGUGAACGCAUUUGGAUGCGUGAGAGUCGCAAUAGCAUGCUAAUGCGUGCCAUGGGCCUGCAUGCGCACUCGGAGCUGCUGGCCUGGACAAUUGUUAGCUUUGUGGAGCUGCUGGCCAUUUUUGUAUUGGUCAGCAUUGUGCUCUACGCUGGCGGCAUCUUGGCCUAUACCAAUUGGUGCUUUAUGAUGUGCUAUUGCUUGAUAUUCGGCAUCUGUCUCAUAUCAUUUUGCUACAUGUGCUCGAACUUUUUCAUAUCCUCGAACAUUGGCGCUGUGGCAGCUGCGCUGCUGUUCUUCAUAACGCUGUGUCCAUUUAUUAUUGUGCUGCUAUUCGAUGCGCGGCUGAGCUUGUGGCAGAAUGCGCUGGUGAAUCUGUCGCUGACCACGGCGUUUGCCAAGGGCUGGAGCGAGCUAAUGCGCUACGAGCUGCAGGAGCAGGGCCUGGGCCUGCGGCAGCUGCUGCAGCUGGGGCCGGCGCAUAGCGAGUGCGCGCUGGCGCUGCUGAUGUUUGUUAUCGAUAUGUUUAUCUACGCGGGCAUUGGUUAUGCCUAUCAGCGCUAUAAGAAAACCAAUUACAAUUUUGUGCGCGUAACGCGCGCGCCGCUGGACGCCAAGCUGGGCGCAACGCUGAGCAGCGUAAGCAAAGUUUAUGGCAACAAAUAUGCGCUGUCCAAUCUGAGCCUGGACUUUGCACGCAAUCAGGUCAGCUGCUUGCUGGGACGCAAUGGCGCAGGCAAGAGCACGCUGAUCAAGCUGCUGACAGGCCAAACGGUGCAGACCACGGGCCAAGUGCUGCUCGCCGGCGAGCAUAACGCUGGCGUUUGCUGGCAGGACAACAUAUUGAUACCCAGGCUAACGGCACGCGAGCAUUUGGAGCUGUACGCGCAGCUUAAGUUGGGCGGCGCGCAAGCAGCGCAGGCGCAGCUUGAAGUGCGCAACACGCUGCAGAGUUUGAACUUUGGACGCCAUGAGCAUUACUAUGCGCAUCAGUUAUCGGGCGGCUAUAAGCGACGUCUAUGUGUUGCAAUUGCUUUUAUAGCUUCGCCCAGCGUCGUUAUACUGGAUGAGCCCUGCAAUGGCGUCGAUGCCAAGGCGCGCAAGGACAUUUGGCAGCUCAUUGAGCAGCUGCGUCAAGGACGCGCUGUGAUCUUUGCCACACAUUUUCUGGAUGAGGCCAAGUAUUUAAGCGAUGCGCUGUUUAUACUGCGACAUGGUCGCAUUAUAGCGCAGCAUAGUCGCGACAGUUUGCAGCGUUUGGUUACAGCGGAUUAUCGCUUGGAGUUGCGCUGCCUGGAUGCGCAGACUGAUGUGCUGAUUAAGCAGCGCGCGCAGCAGCUGCUGCAGCAUUGUCAGCUGCAGUCGGGCGCGGAGCCGGGGCAGCUAAUUAUAACCGCCAGCUAUGCGCAGAAUUUAAGCGCGCAAGCAGUGCAGCUGCUGGAGCUGCUGCAGGCGCAGGAAGCAGCUGGACACAUUGCCGACUUGUCGCUUAGCAGCAGCAGCUGCCUGGAGCAGGAAUUCGAGCAACUGCAUCUAGCCGAACAGUCGGCUGUGCCCACUGGCACAACAGCGAGCGCGAGCAUUGUAACUGCAGCUCGCGAAGUAAGCAGUGCGCAGCCAAGUAGCUGCAAGCAGUUUGCACUGCUGCUUGACAAGCGUCGACGUCACUUGCUGCGCAAUUACCGUUUACUGCUUUACGUGCUGCUGCUGCCUGCGAUUUUUGAACUUUGCGCCAUGUGGUUCGUUAGCUAUCGACUGGAGGAUGAUUUUGAUACAGUGCUGCCGCUCACGCGCGCGCUCUACGCAGACAGCGUGCAGUUUUUGAGCCAGGAGCAGUCGACAAAGUUUACGCAAGCGCUGCAGCAGCCGCUGCUGUCGCAGUGUCAAGCAGCGCAGCAGUGUGGCGAGUUUAAUAGCUCCAAGCACGCUUACGAUUGGAUACUGCACAGCUGGCCAGAGUAUCGCAGUCGACGCUAUGGCGGCUAUGCGUUCAAUGGCAGCGGCGCUACUGUUUGGUAUAAUAAUAAAGGCUAUCAUGCUAUGGUGUCGUGGCUAAACGAUUUGAAUGCGCAGCUGCUGCGCUCCACGCUCAACGACAGCAGCUACGAGCUGCGCGUGCUGAACGAGCCCUGGAAACUUGGCUUUGCCGAGCUGAGCACCAGCUCUGUGCUGCGCCAGGCGGGCGACAGCUGCAUGGUGUUUAUACUGCUGAUAGCCUUUGGCUUGGUUGUUGCUGCCAGCGCCGUUUAUUUGGUCAAUGAGCGCAUGCACGGCGAGAAGCUGCAGCAGCGCUUGAGCGGCGUUGGCGCCAUUACCUAUUGGCUGGUGGCCUUUGUUUGGGAUUAUCUCAUUAUGCUGCUGGCGCUGCUGGUUUGCCUGUGCAUUGUGCUUAUGUUUAAUAUGCCCAUAUUUGUGGCGCGUCAGCAGUUGGCGGGCAUUGUGGUGCUCUCGUUGAUGUUCAGCUUUGCCUGCGUGCCCGCUGUGCAUGUGGCGGAGAAGCUGUUCAGCGACUCUAGCAUUGCCAUUGUCUCAAUAUUUUGCGCCAACAUUAUUAUUCCAUUAGUUACCAUGGGCAUUGUGCUUAUACUGGGCGUCAUAGGCGAGGGCACCAGUCUGGACAGUUUGCGUCAUGGGUUGAAUAGCGCUUUUCUGGUUUUUCCACAGCAUGCGCUGGGCGAUGGUCUGCUGGAGCUGUGCAAGAACUUUAUGGUCGCCGAGGUCUUUCAGCGCUAUGACAUUGACUCGUAUAAGCAGCCGCUGCGCAGCGAUUUGCUGCAGCGUCACUUUAGUGCGCUUGCACUGCUUGGCGUGCUCUGCUUGCUCAUCAAUGUGCUCAUCGAGUGCCAUUUGCUCAGUCGCAUUUGGCAGCAGCUGCUUGCACUGCUUGACUGUCAGUAUAGACGCGAACUGCGCAAGCUGGGACAGCUCAAGCUGCUCAAUGUGCAGCAAAUCUUCAAGAGCUACGCGCUGCAUGGCGGCGGCGGCGCUGGCGCUGGCGAAUCGCUGCGUGUGGAGAAUCUUUGGCAUGCCUAUCGUCGUGGUCGCUAUGCAGUGCGCCAGGUGCACUUCUCAGUGCAUCAGGGCGAAUGCUUUGGCCUGCUGGGCAAGAACGGCGCCGGCAAAUCCACCAUAUUCAAGCUGCUGACGCGCCAGCUGCUGCCAGAUGUAGGCGACAUCUAUUUGCAGGAUCCCAACAUCUCGUACUGCCCGCAAACGAAUCCUUUGGAUCCACUGCUCACUGUUAGCGAGUGCAUCACGCUCUAUGGCCAGCUGCGUGGCAUUCGGCAGCUGGAUCAGCUGCUUGAGCGCAUACUGGACACUUAUGAGCUGCGCAGCUAUCGCCAUGUGCAGGUCAAGCGUCUGAGCGGCGGCAAUCGACGCAAACUUACCGUCGCCAUCAGCUGCUGCGGCUACACGCCCACCGUGCUCAUGGACGAGCCCACCAGCGACAUGGAUCCGGUUACACGUUCCUUUGUCUAUCGCACCAUCGAGCAGCUGCUCGCCGCGCAGCGCGCCGUGCUGCUCACCUCGCACUCCAUCAGCGAGAUCGAGCAUCUCUGCCAGCGCGUCGCUGUGCUCAAGGACGGCCAACUGGUGGCCAGCAACAGUCCGGCGCAGCUGAAGGCGCAGUACGGCGGCUACUAUAGCAUCAGCUGCUUCUGCGCGCCCAUGCAGCAGGCAGCGCUGGCCAAGCUGCUGCCGCAGCAGCUGCCCGGCGCCUGUGAGCUGCAGCAUUAUGCGCAUAAUCUGCGUUUUCUGCUGAAGAUUAGGCAGCCAGCUGCUGCUGCUGCUGCUGGCGCUGCGGAGCAGCAGCUGCCCACGCUGGCGCAGCUGUUCGAGGCUGUGCGGCAAAUGGCCGCCAGCUUGGAGAUGCCGGCACAUUUUGCCAUCACGCGCUGUCGCUUCGAGGCGGUCUUCGAGCGCAUCCUGGACAGCUGCGAGGCGCCCAGCAAUGGGUUCACGGAUCUGCCCGCCAAGUCGGCUGCCGUCGGUGGAUCGCUCAAGUCGGGCUAUGUGCAUCGUGGCUAUGAGGAGACCUCCACCUAACAUUCUAUGCCCACAUUCUUGCAUUAUAACAAUAAUUCUUUUCUUUAUUCUUUCCAACUGCUUGUUUAGAGGUAACAAAUUAAUUGUGAUAAGUUAGCGCUAUAUUCCAGUGAUUAUGUAUUACUUUCUUCGGGGGGGUGUUAGUUAGCUUUAUGAAUUAUCUGUGUAUGUGUUUUUAAUUUUAGCACAAUUUUAAGAGCUUUAAUUGUUCAACUUUGACUUAAUUUUCUUUAUGUGUAAAACGCCGGCGAGUGCAAUGUUGCGUUUGGUGUUUGUACACAGUUUAUAGAAUUUAAUAAUUAUGUAAUUAUAUUUAGCAUUAUGCAAAUAAAGCAUGCGUGCUAAAUUUUAUAUGUGUAU